UGUGGUCUCCAGAUUCUGGCACAAGAUGAAAUGCCCUGGUCUUCCCUUCUGCCUUCUCUCUGCUGUGUUUUACCUCUUCUGGACACCUUCGGCUGGGCUAAAGACACUCCAUUUGGGAAGCUGUGUGAUCACCGCAAACCUUCAGGAAAUGCGAAAUGGCUUUUCUGGGAUACGAGACAGUGCGCAAGCCGAAGAUGAAAUCAUUGACAUCAGAAUCUUGAGGAAGACCGAGUCUUUGCAGAAUACCAAGCCUGCAGGUCAGUGCUGCGUCCUCCGCCACAUACUGAGACUCUACCUGGACAGGAUAUUCAAAUACUAUCAGACCCCUGACCACCAUAUCCUUCGGAAGAUCAGCGGUCUUGCCAACUCUUUUCUUAUGAUCAAGAAGGACCUCCGGCUCUGUCAUGCCCAUAUGACAUGCCCUUGCGGGGAUGAAGCAAUGGAGAAAUACAGCCAGAUUCUGAGUCACUUCGAAGAGCUUACGCCUCACGCAGCCGCGGUGAAGGCUUUGGGGGAGCUAGACAUUCUCCUGCAGUGGAUGGAGGAGAUGGAAUCAGAGGAAGUACGGAAUAAUGACGCUGCUCAGGGUAUCCCUGGCCAAGGGUCCCAGACCUCCGUACCUGCAGAAGCAUGACCCCGAAUCACCACCUCUUUGUUCUAUAGUCUAGUGCUGGUCACUGUGUAUACUAUUUACUUAUUAUUUGUGUCCUUGUUGUGGUUGUUUUUAUGCAUUCCCACUCUUAAUCUAGACCAAGGUUUUAUAAGAUUUUGGUAAUACCUUUUCUACCGCUGGGUAUAUUUAUUACUUAAUAUAUUUAUUUAUUUUUUUCUAUUUAACUUAUUUAUUUUUAUACUUGAUGAUAAGAUUUAAAGAAAUUCACAGAUUAUAUUUAUAACCUGACUAGAGCAGGUUUUCAUGCAGUAAAUAAACCCUCUAAAUUCUAGAGGAAUGGCUAGAGGCGUCAUGCAUUGUUAUUAAAUUAAGGACAUGUCUAUGGCUGCCAAUGUUCUGUGAGACAUUUAAAAUUGGAUCAAUGGCUACUGAGUGGAGGUUGUGGAAGAAGAAUUUCUGAUGAGAAAUUGUCUCAGAAUUACUGAUCCUUCCCUUCCCCCUUCCCCGCCAAGCCCGUGCAUGUUUAUCUCCCAGCUAUGGAGUUCUGUGUGGCCAAAAUGCAUUUCUACGAAUAAAGUCUUCUUUGCAUAAUAUCUGGAGUUGGAAAGUGCUUCGAGAGCAGAAAUGAUGAAGGGGGUGAGCUUGAUCCAUAUUACACGGGGCCCUCUUGUCCUUUGGGGAAGCAAGGUGUAGGUGGGCACCUGGGUCUUCUCUCUCCUACCGAAUGCACUCCCCGCUCUUAAUUCCCUCCCAUCUGUGAUCCCACAGCUCAGCCCUCCACAUAGAGGGACUGUGCCCAAGUGAGGGGCAUCAGUCAUGCCUGCUUGUACCUCAUUGGCUUUGAACAGUGUCCUUUCUGUACCCCGGUUUUCUUUCUCACUUUAGGUUCUCUCGCUUUUGCAUCAGCAGUCUUGAUUGUAACACAAAUUACAAUGGGCCAGAGGCUCUAUUAUGAGGUUGAAGAACACACAGGUACAAAGUGCAGUUAUGAGUAUGGGAAAGAGGACAGUAGAGUGGGGUAGUGUUGAGCCCCCCUUUGUGGCCUUCCCAGUUUGGAUUCUGGCCAGCUUCGUGGCUAAGUUGUUCCUGGGUCAAUUCUUUAUGACCAAAUACAUCAGCGUCCUCUUUCUAGGCCCCUCUCAUGCUGAGCUUCCCUGGGCUCUAAGAGCCAGAAUUCUGGCCUGGGUUGCUUGCCUUCUUCCUCCCCCCUCACUGUGAACUGGACACCCAAUUCGGGAGUCUGAUCUUCACAGUUUCAGGAGCAGCGGACCGAGGCUGGUAGCCUGGCUCCCACACUGGCUUCUCUUACUGCCACUGGUUUCUGCUCCCAGUCCUCAGCCUGGGCCCUGAUGAAGUUUAAAUAACUUUUGAAUUCUCAUUGUACAAGCAGCAAUUACCCAACAGAGAAAAUUUGGAAAAUAUAGGGAAACAUAACAAAAUAAAUAAAAAUCACCCAUAAUCUUAUCACCCACAGUUAGCUACUCUUAAACACUUAGUGGCACUUUUUCCAGAUCUUUUUUCUUGCAUUCAAGUCAUGACUGAACCCUUAUUACCCGAGUAAUUUGGGCUGUAAAGCUUAAGCUUCUUGCAGUGUAAUUUCUUCCUCUGGAAAGCAGGAUGAUGAUAAUGUUUACCUUUCAGGACGAUGGAGGAGAUGGUCUUUUAUGUUCCUUUGAAAACAAGGCAUUUUCUGCUUUCACAUUCUGCAUAUCAUCACCCAUUUCCACCAGAUUUUUACCCCAUCUCAUCCUUCUUCUAUCAUAUUUUCCAGUUGCAUGUCUCCUGGUUUUCUCUGACCCAGUCUGACAAACAAUUUGGCUUCAACUCUCAGUGAACUGUUGAGAAACCAACUUUGCUGAACUCAGUUCUAAAAUUAGAACACUUCCUUCUUCCAUGAGCCAUUGAAUGGCAAUAAGGAGUCCAGUUUUACCUGCCAAGGAUGUGCGUCUCCCAUCUGGGUGUAUCUCAGGUUGACCCACAGAGUUGACCCCAGAAGAGCGUUUUUGAGUCUUCUGAUGUCUGGGCCAAGGGAGCUCCACGUUACCAUGUUACCACUGACUUGUUACCUCUGUGCCUGCCUAUUCCUCCCCCUCACGGGGCCUGUCUUCUCCUCUAAGACCUUUGUCUCCUAUCUGCCUGACCUACUAUAGUACCAAUAAUGGGAAAUUCAUAACCAAUAAUGAUCAAGCUAGAUUGGGGGCUAAGGGAAAAUUCAUGAAGGUAGGUCACUGAGGGAAAGACCCUAAAGAAUGGUGUAUGAUUGUCACUUCCAAUGUCAAUAAUUAAAAUGAUCGUUGUCACGUACUAAGUACUUAUCAUGCACCAGACACUGCACUGGGAACUUUGUAUACAUUAUUUAAUCCUUAGGACAACCUUGUGAGGUAAGUGAUAUUACUCCCAGUUUGCAAGUGAUAAGGGGUUCAGAGAUACUAAAUAACUUGUGCAAGCAUAGAAACAAAAGUUGGAAGUGGGCACCCUGAUACCACAGCCCUGUACGCUUUCCCAGUCUGCUGUCCUCAUUCCCAACAGUGGCAUCUUGUGUUCAGAAGCACAGUAGGAAGGAAAAACGAGCUUUGGCUUCACAGAGACAUGAGUGUAAAUCCCGACUCUGACACUCACUAUCUUGGGCAGGUGACCUAACUAUCCUCAGUUUCUUCACCUGCAAAGUGGGGAUUAUCCUGCUUAACACACUGGGUUGAUGUGAGGACUGAAUGAGGUUGUCCUAGUGAACUUGUACAAGAACCUAUUAUGUAUCAAGUACUGUUCUAAGUGUGUGGCAAGGGUCAGCUCACUUAAUUUGCACAAAAGCACUACAAUUCAGGUGCCAUUAUUAUUCCCGUUUUACAGAUGAGGAAACUGAAGACCAGAAAAAUCCAGUAUCUUGUUCAAGACCACGCAGCUAACAAUGGUGGACAUAAAAUGUGAAUACAGUAGGCAGACUAGAGAACCAUGCAUUUUACCACUUCACUUUGUUGGCUGGCUGGAAUGCCCGGAACAUAGGGAGCACGUACUUGAUCAAUAAAGUCUUUGCACAGAUCAGUGGUUCUGCCUGGAGAGGAAAGUGGUGCACAUUCCUGCUAAGCUGUAGCACGAGCUAUAAAUUCCUGGUGCAACUUAUCUCGAAAUCUGUAUUGAACUUCAUUUUUUCCCUGGGUCUAAUCUUGGUCUCCUCAACAAGCAGAAUGUAAGUUCUUUUGGACAAGGUAAAUUUGCUAAACCUCAGGUUGGCCUCCUAUUAGCUCUGGUUAUUCUUAGCUGU